AGGAAGAAGGGGGAGUCCAGGCCCAGCCCGGCCCCCCGGCCCGCGGGGAGUUGGCUCCGCGCCGCGCCCCGCCGCCCUCGCCGCAUCGCAGUCGGGAGUCAGGACGAGGAGGAGGUGGAGGCGGCGCUGCCGCCUCUGGCUAUGUAGGGGCCCCAGAGCGGGCAGAUCCGGAGGCCGCUGUCCGCCUCUGGAGCUCGGCGCCGGGGCCGGGCCCGAGGCCGGGCCCGGCGGGAUGUUUUCCAAGAAGCCGCACGGGGACGUGCGGAAAUCCACGCAGAAGGUGCUGGACACCCGCAAGGACCCACUUACCCGACUCAAGCACCUCCGCGUCCUUAUCGACAAUGCAGAAUCAAUUGAUCUCAAACAGUUUUUUGACCUACAUUUUUCACAUAUAUAUUAUGUGUUCUUUGAAAACUUUGUGACUAUUGAAGUGGGCCUUAAACAAAAAGGUCACAAGUCGCAGAGAGAAGAAUUAGAUUCUAUUCUUUUUAUUUUUGAGAAAAUUUUACAGCUCCUUCCUGAAAGGAUUCAUCAGAGGUGGCAAUUUCAUAGUAUUGGGUUGAUUUUAAAGAAGCUUCUGCACACUGGAAAUUCAUUAAAGAUACGUCGAGAGGGUGUGCGUCUCUUUCUUUUGUGGCUGCAAGCACUUCAAAAUAACUGUAGUAGAGAACAAUUAUGGAUGUUUUCUUGCUUGAUUCCUGGAUUUUCAUCACCACAGUCUGAAUAUGGCCCCCGAACACUAGAUAAUCUUAUUAAUCCUCCCCUUAAUGUCCAAGAAACUCAAGUGACUCUAGAAGAAAUCACUCCACUUGUUCCUCCACAAUCAGGAGAUAAAGGACAAGAAGAUUUAACAAGCUAUUUUUUAGAAGCACUUUUGAAAUACAUGGUAAUUCAGGUUAAGAGUUUAGAAUGGAAGAACAAGGAAAACCAGGAAAAGGGAUUUUCAUUUUUAUUCUCAAAUUUUAAGAAAUACUACUUACCUUCUAUUUUCCCAAACAUCUGUAAGGAGACCAGCUUGUAUAACCCUAUACUUGAUAUACCACAAAUGAGACCAAAGCCACACUACGUAAUAGUUAAGAAAGAUGCUGAAACCAAUGAGGCAAUCUAUUGCACAAAGGAACCUUUCAUUAAGGCUCGUGUUAUUGUCAUUCGAUGGUUGGUGUCUUUCUGGCUUGAGCCAAAACCUCAUACAGGACCUCAUAUUCCUGGGAUGGAAGGUGAAAAUGUGCCAAAGAAUAUUCAGAGAGCAGCUGCUAGCAUGGCUUCAAGGGAGGACAGCAAAAAUGAAAGUACUGAUAAGCAGGAUAGAAAUACAGAACCAGAACAAUCUCAUUCUAAUACAAGUACUCUAACAGAGAGAGAACCAAGUUCUUCCAGCCUCUGCAGUAUUGAUGAAGAGCAUUUAACUGAUAUUGAAAUUGUCCGGAAAGUCUUCUCUUCUAAAAGAAGCAAUGUUAAUUUUCUAACUGAGAUUUUUCGACAGGCAUUUCUGUUGCCAAUAUGUGAAGCAGCUGCCAUGAGGAAGGUGGUGAAGGUGUAUCAAGAAUGGAUUCAACAAGAAGACAAACCUUUAUUUAUGAAAGAACCUGAAGAAAUAAUGCAGUGCACAGCUGUAGAUUGUGAUGAAAAUGUUGACCAUAAUUCAUCAGAGAAAGGAAAAGAAAGAGAAGAGGAAAAAGGGAUGAACUCCAGUCAUGGAGUUAGAAAUUCAAACUGGACAAGAAAUGGCUGUUAUGAAGAUGCUUUGCAUAAAACAUCUGAAAUUGAUACUGAAGAGCAAAAUGUACGAGCUGGAGUGCAAUCAGUAUUGCAGGUUUUUAUAAUAAAUUCUUCAAAUAUAUUUUUUCUUGAACCUGCAAAUGAAUUUAAAGCUCUGCUGGAUGAACACACUGAUAUGUGCAAACGCGUUCUCAAUAUCUACCGCCACAUGGUAGUCCAAGUGACUAUGGACAAGAAGACAUGGGAGCAGAUGCUACUUGUGCUGCUCAGGGUAACUGAAUCUGUGCUGAAAAUACCACCCCAAACUUUCUUGCAGUAUCAAGGAAGAAAAAACUCCACUUUAGCUGGAAGACUUGCAGGACCUCUUUUCCAGACUCUUAUAGUAGCUUGGAUCAAAGCAAAUCUAAAUGUGUACAUUUCUCGAGAACUUUGGGAUGACUUGCUGUCUGUAAUGUCAUCACUGACAUACUGGGAAGAGCUGGCCACUGAGUGGUCACUGACAAUGGAGACACUUACUAAAGUAUUAGCUAGAAACUUGUAUAGCCUGGACCUCAGUGACCUGCCACUGGAUAAAUUAAGUGAGCAGAAGCAGAAAAAACACAAAGGCAAAGGAGUUGGGCAUGAAUUCCCAAAGUCUUCUGUUGAUAAGUCCUUUUCUAGAGGCUGGAGCCGUGACCAGCCUGGACAGGCACCCAUGAGACAGCGCAGUGCCACAACCACCGGCUCUCCAGGAACAGAAAAGGCGAGGAGCAUUGUACGGCAGAAAACAGUGGACAUUGACGAUGCUCAAAUUCUUCCACGUCCACCUCGAGUCAGACAUUUUUCUCAGAGUGAGGAUGCUCCAAGUGAAGUUUUUGGUGCAUUAAAUGAAGAACAGCCACUGCCACGAAGCAGCAGCACCUCUGACAUCCUGGAACCAUUCGCAGUUGAACGAGCCAAAGGUGCAGUUCCUGUCCUUGACAGUUCAUCCCAUCAUGCUCCAAGCUUACAGAAUUCCACUGAGACCUCUUCAAUGCAUAGAUCCACUGAAAGCCAUAUCACUGAUACAAAUAGCAGAGAGUCCUCCUUGGAAGUUGGGGAUAGUAUUUAUGACCAUCUUUGUCAUUUAAUAGGGCCGGUAGAAUUUGCAAACACUGCCUUUGAACAAAGCCAAUGUGUUGACCUUGAAGGUGAAGAUGAUCUCCUUUCCUCUCUGAGAGAAUAUCUUUAUAAAGAAAAAGAAGAACUUUGCGGUAACUUUGAGAUAGAUAAAUAUGAGGCUUCUGCUCAUGAAGUUGAUACAUCAGUAAGUAGGAAUGAUAGAUUACUACUGGAUGGAUUAGAAAAUAGAGAUCAGACUGGUCAAUGCACAACUAGCAACACUGUUGUAGAAAGAGCCAAUAACACAGAGCUGCAACUAGAACAAAAUCCAUGUGGCUUUAUAAGCAAUAUUGCACCUACUCAAGUAGACUUUUUUACAAGAAAUCAAGCACUCAAUAAAGCCAGACAGUUAGAUAUUGAUAAACAAUAUGAAAGCAUGUUUGAUCAUGGGUCAAGUAAUCCUAGCAGCAAAGAAGGGAAGAGAUAUCUGUACAGGCAAGCAGCCACUGAAACUGAUGUAGAUUUAGUUGUGGAAGCACCGGUAGCUGAAAAGCAUAAAAGUGCCCAGUUUAAUGAAAAAGCGACCAACUCACGUAUUGUCCAUGCAAAGAAAAUUCUUCCUAAAGCACAAGUUGAUCCUCAAAUGCCUCACAUCACAGGCACAAGCAAACUGGCACCAACUAAAAGAAGUAUAUCUGAAACUGUAACUCAUAGGGCCAAAAUCAUGAAAAUAGCAACUAAAAAAAGAAACAGCGUUCAUGUUACUUUUAGGCCAUCUACAGAAUCGGUUCAGUUUUACAAUCCUCUUGAGAACAAAGAGGCUGCUUGGAAAGCAAGACUUCGUAAACUUGGUGGCUUCAGUAGUAGCAGUAGUGGUAGCAGCAACAGCAGUACCAGUGCAAGCAGUAGCUCAUCAGCUGCCACAGAGCUUGUUAGACCUGGAAUAUAUAGGCAUCUAGAUGCAGUCAAUGCUGCUUCGGCUAGCAGCAAGCAAGUUAAGGAAUCUACAGAAACUCAAGCAGCUGUGUUGCAGAAAGAAGGUCUUGCUCUUAGUCAGUUCCAAUGUCGUAGUGCCUUUAGAGCAUCAGGUCAGGAGUCGGCACAACAGCAGGGCUCCCUGGGUGGUGUUUAUAAAACUGUUGUACAUGCUCUUUCGAAGCCGAAGGCAAAUGUUUCCCCACAGAGGCAGAACAGAAUGCCAGCAGAGGCUCCACUGAGGGAUCUGUACAGUCAUGUAAUGGGCUAUUUUGGAAGGAAAGCUGCAGCUAAUAGAGAGGACAUGAGUCAAAAGCUGCACCCUGUUGAUAGUGAUAUUGGCAGUAGCAAUACAAAUGUUCCUGACCUCAUGGAUGAAUUUAUAGCUGAGAGACUCCGCAGCGGUAAUGCACUGAAUGUGACAAGAAGAGGAAGCAGCCCUGGAAGCCUGGAAGUUCCUAAAGACCUUCCUGAUAUAUUGAACAAGCAGAACCAAAUGCGUCCUGUGGAUGACCCAGGCGUGCCUUCCGAGUGGACGUCGCCCGCCAGCGCGGGCAGCAGUGACCUCAUCAGCUCCGACAGCCACUCCGACUCCUUCAGCGCCUUCCAGUAUGAGAGCCGCAAAUUUGAAAAUUUCAGCUUUGGCACUGAGGCAGGGACACCAGCUUCUACUGACAUUGAUGCAAUUUCAGGACAGCAACAAAGUGCUGAGGAACAAGAAGUGGCCAGUCUAACUACACUCCACAUAGAUUCAGAAACAAGUAGUCUCAAUCAGCAACCAUUGUCUGCUGAAGCUGCAACUAUUACUGGCUCUGAAAGUGCUUCUCCAAUCCAAUCUGCUCUUGGAUCCCGAUCACAGACACCCUCUCCUGCCACUCUGCAUGCAGAUCAUAAUGAGCAGAAGGAUCUGCAGCUGGAUGAGAAGCUCCACCACUCUGUUUUACAGACGCCAGAUGACCUAGAAACUAGUGAAUUCCCCUCAGAAUGUUGCAGUGUGAUGGCUGGGGGAACACUUACAGGAUGGCACGCAGAUGUUGCUACUGUGAUGUGGAGGAGGAUGCUAGGAAUUCUGGGAGAUGUCAACAGCAUCAUGGAUCCAGAAAUUCAUGCCCAGGUUUUUGAUUAUCUGUGUGAACUGUGGCAGAAUCUGGCCAAGAUAAGAGACAAUCUUGGUAUUUCAACAGAUAACCUAACUUCACCAUCUCCCCCAGUUUUAAUUCCACCAUUGAGAAUUCUAACACCAUGGCUCUUCAAGGCAACAAUGCUGACUGAUAAAUACAAACAAGGAAAGCUACAUGCUUAUAAGCUUAUUUGUAAGACAAUGAAACGAAGACAAGAUGUUUCUCCAAACAGGGAUUUUUUAACUCAUUUCUACAAUAUAAUGCACUGUGGACUUCUUCAUGUUGAUCAAGAUAUUGUCAAUACAAUCAUCAAGCACUGCUCUCCUCAGUUCUUUUCACUUGGUUUGCCUGGUGCUACCAUGCUUAUUAUGGAUUUCAUUGUAGCAGCAGGAAGAGUGGCUGCUUCUUCUUUCCUCAAUGCACCAAGAGUUGAAGCACAGGUUCUUUUAGGAUCUCUAGUCUGUUUUCCCAAUUUAUAUCAUGAACUACCAGCUCUUCACCCAAAUAUUCCUGACAUUGCUGUGUCUCAGUUUACAGAUGUUAAGGAACUCAUAAUUAAAACUGUCUUAAGUUCGGCAAGAGAGGAGCCAUCUGGUCCUGCACGAUGUGUUGCUCUUUGCAGCCUUGGUAUUUGGAUCUGUGAGGAGCUAGUCCAUGAAUCACAUCAUCCUCAGAUCAAGGAAGCAUUGAAUGUGAUAUGUGUUUCUUUAAAGUUUCCAAAUAAAACAGUAGCCCAAGUUGCCUGCAGUAUGCUGAACAUGCUGAUACAUUAUGUAAAUAGACUUCAACUCUAUCAAGCUGAUUCACCUUUAAGAAUUAUUCAAAUUCUGAUAGCAACUAUUACACAUCUGCUACCCAGUACAGAAGCUUCCUCUUAUGAGCAGGACAAGAGGUUGGUGGUUUCUUUACUUCUGUGCUUAUUGGAUUGGAUAAUGGCCUUGCCAUUGAAGACUUUGCUGCAGCCUCUUCACACUACAGGAACAGAAAAUGAUAAGACUGAAAGAUCUGUUCUUAAUUGUAUAUAUAAGGUUCUGCAUGGAUGUGUCUAUGGGUCUCAGUGUUUCAGCAACCCAAAAUAUUUUCCUCUAAGCCUUUCUGAUCUGGCAUGUAUGGAUUAUGAUCCUUUUAUGCAUUUAGAGAGCUUAAAGGAACCAGAACCACUGCAUUCUCCAGACUCAGAGAGGUCUUCUAAACUUCAGCCAGUUACAGAAGUGAAAACUCACAUGCAACAAGGAUUAAUUUCUGUUGCUGCUCGUACUGUGAUAACACAUCUAGUCAACCACUUAGGCCACUAUCCUAUGAGCGGAGGUCCUGCUAUGCUGACCAGUCAAGUGUGUGAAAACAAUGACAAUCCAUACAGUGAAAGUCCUGAGCUUUCUCCUGAACUUUUUGAGAACCCAAAUCUUCAAUUCUUUGUGUUAAACAAUACUUCCCUGGUGUCUUGCAUACAAAUCCAAGCAGAAGAUGAAAUGCCUGGGGGAGGACUGUCUGCUGGACUUGCAUCAGCUAAUUCAAAUGUUAGAAUUAUAGUGCGUGAUCUGUCUGGCAAAUACUCGUGGGAUUCGGCCAUUUUGUAUGGACCAUCGUCUUUAUGUGGAUCUUCACAACAAGCAUCUUUUGCACUUUCAUUAUCUCAGCAAGAUAAACCAGAAGAUGCUCUUUCAUCUUUUGAGCAUGUGGAGGAUGUAUCUGCAAGAGAUGGAAUUACACUCCAAGUUAAAAGGAAAUUUAGAGACACUGUACCAACAUGGGAUACAAUUAGGGAUGAAGAAGAUGCUCUUGAUGAGCUGCUGCAGUAUUUAGGUGUUACAAGCCCUGAAUGCUUACAGAGAACUGGUGUUUCACUCAACAUCCCUGCUCCUCAACCAGUCUGCAUCUCAGAAAAGCAGGAGAACGAUGUCAUCAAUGCAAUUCUGAAACAGCAUACAGAAGAGAGAGAGUUUGUUGAAAAGCAUUUCAAUGAUGUAAAUAUGAGGGCUAUGGAGCAGGACGAGCCAACUUCACAAAAGCCACAGUCAGCAUUUUACUACUGUAGAUUACUUCUCAGUAUACUAGGAAUGAAUUCAUGGGAUAAAAGAAGGAGCUUUCAUCUCCUGAAGAAAAAUGAGAAGUUACUUCGAGAACUCAGAAAUUUGGACUCAAGACAAUGCCGAGAGACACACAAGAUUGCAGUGUUUUAUGUUGCUGAGGGACAGGAAGAUAAACACUCCAUUCUUACGAAUACUGGGGGAAGUCAAGCCUAUGAGGAUUUUGUAGCUGGUCUUGGCUGGGAGGUAAAUCUCACAAACCAUUGUGGCUUUAUGGGAGGACUGCAAAAAAACAAAAGCACUGGAUUGACCACUCCAUAUUUUGCUACCUCAACUGUGGAAGUAAUGUUCCACGUGUCAACAAGAAUGCCUUCUGAUUCAGAUGACUCUUUAACAAAAAAGCUAAGACAUUUAGGAAAUGAUGAAGUACACAUUGUCUGGUCUGAACAUACUCGAGAUUAUAGAAGAGGAAUAAUUCCAACAGAAUUUGGUGAUGUUCUUAUAGUUAUCUAUCCCAUGAAAAACCAUAUGUUCAGUAUCCAGAUCAUGAAAAAGCCUGAGGUUCCAUUUUUUGGUCCACUCUUUGAUGGUGCUAUUGUGAAUGGAAAAAUUCUGCCUAUUAUGGUUCGCGCAACAGCUAUAAAUGCAAGCCGUGCGUUGAAAUCAUUAAUCCCAUUAUACCAAAACUUUUAUGAGGAGAGAGCACGAUACCUGCAAACAAUUGUUCAACAUCAUUUAGAGCCUACAACAUUUGAAGAUUUUGCUGCUCAGGUUUUCUGCCCAGCACCUUAUCACCAUUUGCCCUCAGAGACGGGCUUCUGCCCAGAGACUCAGCCGGGAGAAACUCCAGCAGCAGCAACAGCACAGGUGGAUGGAACAGACUUAGCCUCUCCAAUGUCUCCUCGGACUAGCAAGAGCCGCAUGUCCAUGAAACUGCGCCGCUCCUCUGGCUCAGCCAACAAGUCCUAAGUGGCAAGAUGCCUGCAGCUUUCUGUUGAAGAGCACUGGCCACCCUUCCCGCAGCGACUCACCGCGAUUUGGGUUUUUUUACUGCUCACGCCUUUCAUUCAAGGAUAAUGUCUCUCAUGUGUGUGCACCUAUGCCCUGCAUACUCCUUUUCUGUAUGUUUAUUUUAAACAGUGACACUGGAAUUUACUUUAAUAUUUUAGCUUUGGGUUUUUUUUAUCAAACUCCAGUCUGCCGGGUUUUUUUUUCUUUGCAGUGCAGUUUGUACUCUGCACCUUUUACCUACUUGGAUGAUUAUGGAUGAUUAACUUUGGGUUUUAACUCCGGUUGAUCUUGCGUCAACAUGGAAUUGGAGACUGCAGUUGGAUUACACUAUAUUUAUUGUGCCCCAUUGCAAUUUUCUCUGUAACAAAGAAAGAAAUAUGUACAAUUUGAAAAUGAAUGUACAAUUUUAAAUUGAAGUUGCAUUUGUAAAGUCUUUGUCAGAUGUCACAAUGUUAAUGCACAAGAUGUGUACAGAUUAUUUAUGUUGAGAAUAAAAUAGUUCAAUUGCGUUUCAAGUAUCACAGAAUCCAAAUGAAAUAUUUUGCUCAUAGCACCCUUUCAUCAUAAAGCGAUGUAUCAUUUCAUAAUUCUGCAGAUAAUCUAUGCCAGAAAAAAAAAAUCACUGUCCUGAAAUUCUAUUUAUGCUUGGCUUCCAAAUAUUUUUAUAAUGUUUGCUUUUCCAAGUGGUGUCAAUAGUAAAUGCCAUUGAGUUUCAUGAGUUUUAGCCAUUAUCAUUAUGCUGUUUCAUCUAGAUGUAUAUUCUUUUUUCUUACAUUAAAAAAAAAAAUUUAAAAACAAACAAACGAACACUUUCCUGAUAAAAAUUCAUUGCUGUGAUGAUGGGUACUAGGGAAGAAAAGGGAACAUGCUCCGGGAGCCUGGCCUGAAAUGCUAAUAAUUUCAACCUUGUGAGCGCAGAUUAGUACACGACUUCCACCCACCCAGAGGUAUUUUCCUACAGAAAAUUAAAUGCUCACAUUUUGAGUCUAGUAAACAACAAAAUGCUGUUAACAAAAUGUAGCAUGGCAUCGGUACUAACUGCAUGUGUAAAUAUAUGGGCAACAAUAAAAAAAGAAAUUAUGUAUUGUCAUUCAUGUAGUAUCUACAAAUUUGUAAUGGUUGAAAAGAAGACAUGCUAUUUAAUAAUCCAAUAAAAUUAUUCUUACCACCUUU